AAAAUAACAGCAAGGCAAGCAAGCGCAUCGCUGGUCUGACCUCCUCCAUCGAUUGGGCCGAAAAACGUAUAAAUACAUCCACGCAUCAUCCUUGACGGACUGAGUGACACCUCGAUGUGCGAAGAUUCAAGAGAUAUGUUCAGUGGCUCUUCUUCUGUCUGCUGAGCUUUUAAAUGUCGCUCAGUAUGUUGCGCUACCUGAGGCUUGUCGAUCAGGCAGGUCCUCAAAAACAUUGUCAGCUUUGGGUCUUUCUCAAAUUGAGAAAGAGUAUGCGCACACGGCAUCCCUACAUCCUUAACUUACUUGCCACCGACAUUUUUGCGUGUGGACGGAUGGUGCACGAGUUGCCGAGAGACGGAAGAGGAGCGCUAGCACGUCACUCGUCUUCCUCAUCCUCUUGCCAAACCGCGGUGUCAGGGGGCGAUUUAGGGACGGAAACCUGCAACAAGUUCUCAAGCCUCGACAAAAGUGAAAUCAUUACUGAGGUAGAGGGGUCCAAAGAAAUCAAGGAAAGGACCGACAGCGAAGAGGAGGGAGGACGGCAUGGAGGACAUGGAGCGCCGUAUUCGGGGGAGAAGCACCUGGGCCGAGACUACUAUUCCAAGCGUUUCAGGCUCCUUGUGCAGUACAUGGUGGAGGGCGGGCCUCCUAUCGCGAUGCGCGAAGAGAUGGAGACGCGCGGGGACGGUCUGCCAUCCUUCCAGUGGAAAAUGGCGGUGGUGAAUUUCAUGAAUCAAGCAUUUUUAUGGCCUCAAGAUACCUUGAAAGACCAGUACCUGCCCCUCCUCCACGCUCUGGACGACGUCCCUGGUGCCGUCAUGGGCAGCUUCCACAACACAUUCGACGCUUGGCACGCCAAAGUUCGCCGGCACAGCUACACUAUGAGCGGGGAGAAACCGGCUCUCCCGCCUCUUCCCCCUGAAUUUAUGCGCGUGGAAGCCAUCCUUCUUCCCUUUAUCAUCCGCUCCCUGGCCGCUGCUCGUCCGCUCUCAGCGCCGAGUCUGGCCGGUGUGGAAGGGGAAGGAAGGGAAGAAUCGGGGGAGGAGACAGAGCUGGGUGGAGAGCGGCAACAGAUGGGAGAGUCGACGGCGGAUAAGGAGAGGAAGGCGAUGAAGGACAGUGGCCUCGGCCAGCUGGUGCGCGUGUGUGACAUGCGGCUUCCUCACGACUGGUACCCCUACGCCCGCCUCAUGCGGAGGAAGAUCAUAUACCACGCAGGCCCCACCAACUCCGGCAAAACCUAUCAUGCGCUUCAGCGCCUGAAAAUGGCCGAUCCGGCGAAAGGGGGCGGCCUGUACCUGGGGCCCCUCCGCUUGUUGGCUCUCGAGAUCUAUGAUACACUUAACGAGGAGGGCGUCUACUGCUCUCUGCUCACCGGCCAGGAGAAGAGGCUUAUUCCCUUCUCCGACCAUACCAGUGCUACGGUUGAAAUGUGCAGCUUGCGUCAGGACUACGACGUGGCGGUGCUGGAUGAGAUCCAGAUGAUCGGCGACCCAGAGCGAGGCCACGCCUGGACUCGCGCUCUCCUGGGGCUCCGAGCCAAGGAGAUUCACCUGUGUGGAGGACCCGAAGCCGUGGAAGUGGUCUCCCGUCUCUGCCAGGCUACUGGAGACGACCUGGAGAUCCGAAAAUAUGAGCGUAUGACGGAACUUACCAUCGCCUCCGAGCCGCUGCUUGACUACUCCAAGGUAAUGGUAGGAGACUGCAUUGUUGCCUUCAGCAAGUCCGACAUUUGUUCCAUUAAACAAGAGAUCGAAGCCAAGACCAGUCACAAGUGCUGCAUGGUCUAUGGCUCCCUUCCCUCCGAGACACGGUCCGCCCAGGCGGGAAUCUUCAACGAAGAGGGAACGGGCUUCGACGUCCUGGUCGCCACUGAUGCCAUUGGAAUGGGCCUGAAUCUCAACAUCAGGCGGAUCAUUUUCCACUCUCUUAUCAAAGUAUCCGACGAGGGCGGUGCUGAGGUGUUGCAUUCAGGGUUGGGCACGGCUACCGAGCAAAUCGCCCGGGCCGGCCUAUUUCCUUCUCCUGAACAACUAGAGGAUUUUGCGUCGCUCCUAGAAUCACAGGUGGGACGGAUAAAGGGCAGCGGGGAACUGGGGGGAGAAGAAGAAAGGUGGCAACAACGGAAGAAAGGCUUAUCUUCUCCGUUCCAUGCGAGUUUUUUUGCGAGAGACAUUGGAUUGGAGAUGAACAGAGGGAAGAAGGAGGAGAAUGGGAAGGAAGAGACGGGCGAGGAAGGGCAACAGAAGUCAGAAGAAGAGGAGGAGGGCCUGGGACUGAUGGAAGUCAUGGACUCUUUCUUCAACAUGGCGGAGGUCUCGGACACCUACCACAUGUGCCGCUCCCGAUCCAUGGCCUCCAUCGCCUCCUACUUGGCGCAAGUCAAGCCCCUGUCCAUUGCUGAGCGCUAUAUCCUCUCGUCGGUGCCCAUUAGCAGCCGCGAUAGAUUCGCUAUGCAGAUGCUUUAUCAAUUUGCUGCCGCCCGAGCGGCGCGCCGGCCCAUGCCGCUCUCCGUUCGCCUGCCCGCGUCCCCCCCCACCACACUUCUCGGCAUGAAUGAGCUCUGCACCAAGCACUCCGUCCUCGACGCUUAUCUAUGGCUCUCGCACAAAUUUCCCUCCACUUUCGUCCAGCGCGAAUCUGCCCUGCAAAUGCGCGUGAAACUCACUCGGAUGCUGGAGUCUGGCCUCAAGCUCGGCAUGUUGGUGGAGCACUCGCACCAUGACCGCGACGCCCGUCUGCGCCACCAAUUUGCCUUAAAAAUGGAAAAGCUUCAUGGUAUCCCCUACAAGCCUCCUGCUCCUUCUCAGAUCCCUCCUUCCAUUCGCAUCGAGGAGGACACGGGCGCUGAAAACGACGAUGAGGAAGAGGAAGAAGAGCGCUGGCGUAAAGAGAAAGACGACGAGGCUGAGCAUGCUAAACUAUUGGAAGAGAGGGGGGAGGGAAAAGAAAAUGGAACAAGGGGAAGCGUACUUGAUAGGCAGUCGCAGACGGGAAGGAGGAAGGAAUCAGAUGCCGCAGUGAGAGUACGUAAAGGAAAGGGAUUUUUGAGCGAUGAGGAGGAAGAGGUCAUCCGGGGUUUAUUUGCUUUCCGACUGGCGCGCUUUCACAAGGAACUGGAGGCAAAGCGCAAAGGAAAGGAAAGAAAAAGGGAACGAGGGCGCGAUCUCAUCGAUGCUGGGGAAAAGUAUGCCCACAAACCUGAGGUAGCGGAGGUAGGAGAGGCGCAAACGACAGCAGCAGGGGGGACUUCGUAGGAAGCGAGUGCAGAAAUCGUGCAUGUCAUCGAAAAGGUGAAUGAGCGCAAGAAACAUUCAAAAAGGCUUAAAGAUGAAGCGAAAAGUGAGUUUUGCAAAUGAUAGGAAACAGAAAUACAGUAAAAACAGAAACAUCAUCUGCAUGUGAAA